AAAACGUCAAAUUUAAUUUCUGAUGUUUUGAUUUCAUUUUGAGGUUAUCUAACAAUUUCGUUUAAUUUAUAUUCUGGUUUAGUAUAAUAACUAAUUCGCAAUAUAUUUAACAUGACUUCUGCAUUAAUAAGUGCUAUCAAAAGACUUCACAUUUCGGUGGUGCCACAGAUUAGGGUAUAUUCAUCAAACGCCACUGCUGUUGCAACAACGAGCGCAAACGAUUUGUCCAUCACUAAAAAAGACUGGGCUUUCCAACCCCAAUUUACAAAACCCCGUGAAGUAUGGAUUGAAAACUUGGAUACUGUAGAAGAGCAAAAAUUGGGGUUAUUUGAACUCCAUCCUUUGGUGUUCGCGGCUCCUCCACGAAUAGACAUAAUUAACCAGAAUGUUGUCUGGCAAAGGAACAUUAGGUUCGUAUCGUGGGCGCAUACGAAAACUAGGGCCGAAGUGCGAGGUGGAGGUAGGAAGCCAUGGCCACAGAAGGGUUUAGGUCGCGCUCGCCACGGGUCAAUUCGUUCUCCAUUAUUCCGUGGAGGUGGUAUAGCACACGGUCCUCGCUCUGGUACCACCCAUUUCUUCAUGCUACCCUUCCACCUCAGAUUAUAUGGCCUUACUACAACUUUAUCAGCUAAGUUGGCUCAAGAUGAUCUACACAUUGUAAAAGAUUUGGAACUGCCAACGGAUGACCCUGAAUACCUAAAUGAGCUUGUAGAAAAGAGGAACUGGGGACCUUCUGUGCUGCUGGUUGAUGACACAGAUAUAGCACCUAGGAAUAUAACGGCAGCAACAGACACACUGGGUCAUAUAAACAUUAUGCCAGUUUAUGGCCUAAAUGUAUACUCCAUGUUAAAACAUGAUACUCUGGUACUGACAUUAUCAGCUGCCGAGAAGAUUGAAGAAAGGCUUCUACACUGGCUGCAUGCAAACACAACAAAAGAGCAACAACCAUUCAAAUUGAGUCAGGUGUAAAAUUUCUGAAAGGAGGCCAUAUGGUUGUAUUUUAUAAUUU